AGGAAACACACCGGGAAGUAACGACACACUCUCUCCUCUUCUUCUUUUUUUUUUCUUCUUCUUCUUCUUCCUUUUUUUCCCUCACACCUUUCCUUCCUCGCUGUCUCGUCUUGUCACCGCCGAUGGUUUUCUAGCUGCGCCGCCUGUCUCUCCAACCUCAGCAUCGGAUUUUUUCCCUGCUUUUUUUUAUUUCUUCCUCCCCUUGAUUGGCUGAGACCCGGGGGGCUUUUUAUCCCAGCCAACCUGGGCCGGGCCGCCGGGCUUGUUCAGCGAGCCUUAUAGCUGAAGUUGGCACCCUGAGAUGAGCGCCUUGAGACCCGGGAGCUGGGCUCUCUCCUCGCCGGGGAGAGGCUCUGGGUCGUGGCGGUGCUGGUGGUGGUGGUGGGUGGUUGUGGUGGUCGGGCUGGCGGUGGGCUCGGGAGAUCCGUGGAUGUCCGCGGAGGCAUGCCCCGUUCCGUGCUCAUGCAGCAGCACCAGGAUCUCUUGCGUGGACCCGGAGCGAGGCAUCAAUGCCUUCCCCGUCCUGCAGAGCGAUGCGGAGAUGGAGAACAUCACCGACAUCUACAUCGCCAACCAGAGCAGCUUCUCCUCCAUCAACGACAAAGACCUGUACUAUUACAAGAAUCUCAGGAACCUAACGGUGACCAACAGCAGGUUAACAUACGUAUCAAAGCUGGCCUUUCAGAACAACAUCAAGUUACAGUACCUGAAUCUGAAAGAUAACAACCUGUCAUCCCUGUCCUGGAGGAUAUUCAAACACAUCAACAUCUCUUAUCUGAUCCUGUCAGGGAACCCGCUGCACUGCUCCUGUGAGAACAUGUGGAUCAAGCUGUGGUUAGGAGAGGAAGCAGACAAUCAGGAGCUGCGCUGCAUCGAGGAUGGAGGAGCACGCAAGAAGCUGUCCAGACUGGCAUUACCUAACUGUGAGGUUCCCAUGGCAACGUUGAGCCCAUCCAAAGUGACAGUAAUGGAGGGGGAGAACGUGCAGCUGUCCUGCACCACCUCUGGCGUGCCCUCACCUGAGCUGAUCUGGAACAUGGUGCUGGUCACCAACUAUGAGAUCGAGACAUCUGGCCAGAUUUCGGAGCUGCGACUGUCUAACCUGUCGUCGCUGGAUCACAACAGCAAGAUCAGCUGCACGGCUGAGAACAUUGUCGGAGAGAAGGAGUCCUCCCUGCUGCUGGAUAUACUUUUUCCUCCCAAAAUCACCAAGCUGAGUGACGCGAUCCCAGAUCAUAACUGGUGCAUCCCCUUCAGUGUUGCAGGAAACCCAGAGCCACAGCUGCAGUGGUUUCUGGAUGAUGAUGCUGUGACGGAGGGGCGCUACAUCAUGACCAUGAUCCAUGAUGUCACGGAGAGAGAGUACCACGGCUGCCUGGAGCUCGACAACCCCACACACCUCAACAACGGACGCUACAGGCUGUUGGCUAAAAACAUAUACGGGUCAGACCAAAAGGAGGUGGUGGCUCACUUCAUGCGGCAGCCCUGGGAUGGAACUGAAAGGGAGCCUUACUAUUAUGUUGCUGAGGAUAUAACCACAGACGCCUCCCCUGUGGAGCCACCUGAGGACCGAGUCGCUGUGUACGUGGUUGUAGGCAUCGCCGCUGUAGCCUUCACUGGUUUCCUUCUAAUGUUGGUUAUUCUCAAGUUUGGAGGAAACUCCAAGUUCGGCAUCAAAGGACCGUCUUCGGUAAUCAGCAACGAUGACGACUCGGCCUCUCCUCUUCAUCACGUCUCCAAUGGAAGCAACACUCCUUCCUCCUCAGAGAUGGGCCCCGACGCGGUGAUCAUCGGCAUGACGAAGAUCCCAGUGAUAGAAAACCCGCAGUACUUCAGGAGUACCAACAGCCUGCUCAAGACCGACACGUUCGUCCAGCAUAUUAAGAGACACAACAUCGUGCUGAAGAGAGAGCUGGGAGAGGGCGCCUUUGGAAAGGUCUUCCUGGCUGAGUGUUACAACCUCUCACCUGACCAGGAGAAGAUCCUGGUGGCUGUCAAGACGCUUAAGGAGGCCAGUGAAAAUGCCAGGAAGGAUUUCCACCGUGAGGCCGAGCUGCUGACCAACCUUCAGCAUGAACACAUCGUCACUUUCUAUGGUGUCUGCGUGGAGAGCGACCCUCUCAUCAUGGUGUUUGAGUACAUGAAGCAUGGAGACCUGAACAAGUUCCUCAGGGCUCACGGUCCGGAUGCAGUUCUGAUGGCAGAGGGCCAGACCACCAGACCCGUGGAGCUGACCCAGUCUCAGAUGCUGCACAUCGCCCAGCAGAUAGCAUCUGGCAUGGUCUACCUGGCAUCGCAGCACUUUGUGCACCGCGACCUCGCCACCAGGAACUGCCUGGUGGGUGAGAACCUGCUGGUAAAGAUCGGAGACUUUGGCAUGUCCAGAGACGUCUACAGCACUGACUACUACAGGGUCGGCGGUCACACCAUGCUGCCCAUCCGCUGGAUGCCUCCUGAAAGCAUCAUGUACAGGAAGUUCACAACAGAAAGUGAUGUGUGGAGUCUAGGAGUUGUUCUCUGGGAGAUCUUCACCUACGGAAAACAGCCUUGGUACCAGCUCUCCAAUAAUGAGGUGAUAGAGUGUAUAACCCAGGGCAGGGUGCUGCAGCGCCCCAGGACCUGUCCUAAAGAAGUGUAUGACCUGAUGCUGGGCUGCUGGCAGAGAGAGCCGCACAUGAGACUCAACAUUAAAGAAAUCCACGGUCUGCUCCUCAACCUGGCCAAGGCCUCACCUGUAUACCUGGAUAUACUGGGCUGA